AUGUCUCAAGAGUACUCUUACCAGGAUGUUGCCGAGCACAACACCAAGAAGGACCUCUUCGUCGUGAUCCACGACAAGGUCUACGACUGCUCCAAGUUUGUCGACGAGCACCCUGGUGGUGAGGAGGUCAUGCUCGACGUCGCCGGCCAGGAUGCCACCGAGGCUUUCGAGGAUGUCGGCCACAGCGACGAGGCCCGCGAGUCUCUCGCCGCGCUGCUCGUCGGCGACCUGAAGCGCCAGCCCGGCGACCCUGUUCCCAAGGCCGUCUCCAGCAACACCCCAUCUGUCGGCAACUCCACCACCGGCGGCGGCUUCGGCCUCUACAGCGUUGUUGCCAUUGGCGGUCUCAUCGCUUACUUCGCCUACCAAUACAUCCAGGCCAACGCCGAGCAGACUGCCCAGGCUGCCUAA